AUGUCGCCCGUGACCGCUAUCCUCAUUGCACUCGCUUUCGCGCUCUUUUUGCGUCUUGCACAUGCUGCCUACUCUCGAUGUGUCAAGAAUCUUGCUUUGCGCAACAUCCGUGGACCAUCUAGAGCUUCUUUCUUAACAGGGAACUUAGCUCAAUUGAACAAUACCGAUGGCUUGAGCUUCUUGAAUAAUCUACUCAGUGAAUACGGUCCUGUAUCGAAGCUUCAUGGUCUCUGUGGCGAUACCGUGCUCUGUACAUCCGACCCUCGCGCGCUCUCGCAUAUCUUACUUAUAGAACCGGACAACUUCCCAGAGAUUGACUUCACCGGGACGACGCAAGUUCUCCAGUACAUGUUCGGGCCCGGCCUGGUCACGACGAAUGGUGCACGCCAUCGUCAACAACGCAAGUUGCUCAACCCUCUGUUCUCAACGACACACAUGCGCCACAUCUCGCCUCUGGUCAACCUCAUCACCAAGCAGUAUCGAGACCACCUCACUGGUCAGACUCUGACAGGCGGCGCAUGCGUCGAUGUGGCACCCGGACUCGCGCGCCUGGCACUCGAAGUCAUCGGCCAGUGCGGAUUCGGACAUACAUUCAAUGCUCUUCACGGAGGAGCGUCCGAGUACAUCCGCGCUGCGAAGGAGAUCCUUCCGUCUACCACAGCCCUGGCUCCGCUCAUCGUCAUCAUCGUAGCAUCUGGCCUGUCUAGACUACCACCCUCUCUGCUUCGGCUCGUCGGUGGCGCGCUUGCAUGCGUUCUUCCGCCCUUGAAGAGUCUCAUGUCCGGUGUCGACACACUCUACUCAACUGCGCGAGGCAUCUGGGAAGCAAAGAAGGCCGCGCUCGCUGCGGGAGAUGCCGUUCUAAAGGAGUCAGUCGCCCAAGGAGGGGAUCUUCUAGGGGUUCUACUGAUGGAAAACACCGUAGCAGAUGGCGCCAAUAGAUUGUCCGAUGAUGAGCUGCUGGCUCAGUUGAACACUCUCAUCGUAGCUGGCGCCGAGAGCACAUCGACGGUCUUAUGUCGCAUUCUUUACCAACUAGCGUGCCAUCCGGAGACCCAGGAGCGAUUACGUACCGAGCUCAUCUCUCCGGGCGAGGAUCUGGAGUACGAUAUCUUGAUGAAUCUGCCCCUUCUCGACGCGGUCUGUAGUGAGACUAUGCGUCAACAUACGUUCUUCCCGUUUCGCAGUCGCUUGACUUCGAAAGCAUCUGUCAUCCCGUUUACCAAUGGAGAUGUUGUCCGCGUCCCUGCUGGUACAGAGGUCAUAAUGAACUGCCAUGGUCUCAAUACGGACCCUUCCAUCUGGGGAGCUGAUGCGCAAGAUUGGAAGCCGGACCGCUGGCUUGGACCGCUACCUGAGAGUGUCGCAGCGGCGAAGAUCCCGGGGAUAUACCGCCACUCGAUGGCAUUUUUAGGCGGCCCCAAGUCGUGCAUCGGCUAUACUCUCGCCAUACUUGAACUUAAGACCGCUCUUGCGGUGCUUUUACCUAUGUUUCGCUUCGACCUUCCUCAGCACCAUGAGAUCGUCUGGCGCUUCGGAAUCACGAUCUCCCCGAGCGUCAAGGGCGACGAAAGCUUCAACCCCACUAUGCCGUUACUGGUCGAACGCUUGGAUACCUUGAACUGA